CGUCACUGUGUGUGUGUGUGUGUGUGUGUCUCUUCCUGCAAUCACACUCACUGAAGCUUCCUUUCCUUUACACACGACAGUUGGAUUUACACUGCUACACCACAGAUCAGGAUGUUCUCUAGUCUGGCUCGCUGUGCCUCCAGAGCAGCUCUGCAUGUCCUGAAAGGAACCAGUCGUCCUUCCAAGCCAGGAAAAGUGCCUUGUUUUGGGCAUCAGACACUGGCAGUGGUCCCGCUACCGACUGUUGGAGGGAGUACAGUGGUUAGACAUGCUCAAGUCCUGGACCACAAGAGGCUGCUACAGGUGGAGUGGGAUGAUGGAAGCUAUAGUUUUUACCCAUUUACCUGGCUUCGGGAUAACUGCCAGUGCCCUCUGUGCAUGCUGCAGUCAGCAAAAGCACGGAGUCUGCUCCUCACUGACCUUGAUGUGCAUACUGGAAUGGACCAAGUGCAAAUAACUGAGAAUAACAAGGUCUCUAUCACAUGGCCAGAUCAACAUAGCAGUGAGUUUGAGCCUGACUGGUUAAAGAAAAGAUGCUUCUCACCAGAGGCAAGACAAGCACGGCAGGAGGAACUUUUUCUAAACGAGCGUGAAUUCUGGGACUCUGCUCUGCAGAUCCCCAUGGCAGAUUUUGAGGAGGUUCUACAUGAUGAUAAGGCUGCUCUGGCCUGGCUUAUGGCCCUAAGGCGUUUCGGGAUCGUGUACCUGAAGGGGGCGCCAGUGGAGCAAGGCCAGUUGGCUAGACUCAGUCGGAGAAUUGGAUACCUCAGACUCACGUUCUAUGGACACACAUGGCAAGUGCAAGACAAGCCCAUGGCCAACAACGUAGCAUAUACCUCAGGCAAGCUGAGCCUGCACACAGACUAUCCUGCUCUGCACCAUCCUCCUGGGGUGCAGUUCCUACACUGUCUGCAGCAGGCCCAGCAGGGUGGAGAGAGUGAGGUGGUGGAUGGGUUCCACAUGGCCGAGCUGCUCAGGAGAGAGGACCCCGAGGCAUUUAACACACUCUCAUCCCUCUACAUCGACUACACAGACACCGGCUCUGACUACUGCGACUUCAUCGUGCAAUCCAAGAACCGCAUUAUAGAUGUGGACUGUGAAGGCCGUGUGGUGAGGAUAAACUAUAACAAUGCAACAAGAGACUCUACCCUGGAUCUACCUCUCGAUCAGGUGCAGCCGUUCUACUCCUCCCUGAAGAGCUUUGUGGAGCUGAUGAACCGGCCGGAGAACGUGGUCUCCUACAGGAUGGAGCCAGGUGACCUGGUAACCUUUGAUAACUGGCGUCUGCUGCACGGCCGGAAGAACUACUCUGGCGGCAGGACCCUAAGACACCUAGAGGGAGCAUACCUGGACUGGGAUGAAGUCAUGUCCCGUAUGCGCAUCCUCCGUAAAGCUGUCCAUGGAGACAGCUAGGAAUUCCUUUUACUUCAUCUGAAACACAAGUACUGUCAGUAGGAGUCCAAGCCUGAAGCUGCACGUCGCUAAAUUAAAGUUGGAACUUUUAAGAACCCCAGUGUGAGAUUAAUGUGAGUAAAUAUGUUUUUGGGAUCUACAAGUACUUCAUGAGGGUAAAAAACAACAACAAAAAACUUUUCCUUGACUCUUUUUCAACAUGGUCUGAAAGAUUUGAACACCAGGAUGAUCUUCUGGUAAAAAAAAAAAAAAAUGUGUCAGACACGAAAUUCCCAUUUUAAUUGAAACGGUUCUAUUGAGCCGUAAAUAGUAAAAGAUUAUCUUAACAGCGCAGUGCAUGUGAAGCUAAUGUUCUCACAUCUUUGGCAUAAUUCAUUUAAAAGCCUGACUAAGAAACUGAACACCCAAGAGGUUAUUAUGUGGAACCUGCCAACACUGUUGCUAAAAUUCUUCAGACAUUUUAAUCCUUAGUUCUGAACUUUGUCAAUGAAUUGGUAAAUUAGUAUUUAAUAAUACUAGUGGUCUAAUGACAUGAAACAUCUAUUUUACAUCAAUUUUAUUUACAUAGUGCUGUACAGUGCUUCUCACCAUGACUUGGCAACAAACGUGAACUCAGAACUAUCCGUGUCCUGCCCUAGCGCGUGUUGUUUCCCAUUGCACAACUCGACCUGUGAAGGUAGGAGGAGUUUCCCCUGGUGGUGACAUUAUUAGUGAAAUACUACUCAAAAGAAAUUCAAACUAUUUGGAAAGCAUAUCUUAUCUGAUGUUUAAAUACAUUAUUAUUAUUUUUACAAACCUUGGUACCUGGGAUGUCACGGUAACCAAAUUCGGCACGGGUACAUAAGUACAGCACAGCUCACUUGGCGGUGGGAAACAGCCGAGCAGUGUCACACGGUCCGGUGGAAAUGUAUUAAUACAGCAUUUUGUAAAUAUCCUGCUGACUAAGUUACUUAGAAUGAAGCUAGCUUUAAAGUGGGUUUGUUUUCCUAAAUAUUCUUAUAAACUCAGCACCUGCAAUGCAUAAACAGCCACUUGCUGUUCUAUUUAUGUUAUUUAUGUUUAAUGGCAAGAGUGACAAGUGUUUUUUUUUUUUUUUUUAGGUACAAUGUUAUGACUACUGUAUGUAACCAGGAAAACUCAUGUACUUUUUUUUUUCCUCUUUAUUAGUAUCAAUGUGUAAUCAUCUUUGUAACAUUUUAAGCUCAAUGUCUUAAAUGUAUGUUUGCAUGCUGCAUAAAAAGCUCACUCUCCCUGUAUCCAGAUUUAAAACUGUUCAGGAUGAUAUCAGGGGCAUCAGUGAUAAAAGUAACUUACUUUUAAUGUCUUAAAAAUAGAGCUUCUCAAAAGGAGAUUAUGUACAGGUUAUUAUAGCAGGCCAGGCUGCAGUAAGGUACUAAAAUCAAGAGCAGCAGACUUUUUUUUAAUUUUUAAAACAUUGACCCUGCACUUGUGUUUUCGAGAACCCUUGUCAACUUGCUAGAAAUCAGUGGCUACUUGCAGCACAAGUUGUGUGGUAGGAAGUGAACACGCCCUAAAGUGUAAGCACAAUUUAUUUAAAACAAUUAUCUUUCAAGUUUUGUCUAAUUCUUUCGAACUGCGUAGACUCACCGGUUUGUUAUCUAGUUGUAAUAAUGUUGUACCUAUUAACUAUAAAUAUAUAACCAAUGAAAACUCAAUUAAAAGGCAAUAAAUUUAUUUUAAAUAACA